GCUUUGAAGCAAUGACCCCUGUUUAACACAAGGAUCUGGACCAUGUACCAUUAUGGUUUUGUGCCUCCAGAGCAUUAUCCAAGCAUGAACCAGCCCUCCCCGUACACCUACCUGCCUCUUGGUCCUGGCAGACUGGUUGAAUCUCCAAACUCCACAAUGUUCCCUCCUAUCCAGAUGCACAACCUCUAUAGCCAGCCUGUCACCACCACCAUGGACUGGAACGGCCACCAUGACUAUGCAGGAAACCAACUAGAGUAUCAUCAUUUCUAUGGCACCAACCCAUACUUCCAUCCUCACCCCUUCUGGCACUUCUCUCCAGUGACCCCCAUGUCUCUGUACAACCCCUAUGCAAACUAUAAUCCAUAUGCAGCAUACCAGAGGCCAAGCCAGGGUCAGGACAUAUGGCCACAGGGCUUCACCAUGAGAGGGGAGCUUCACUGGGGGAAACUAGAGAGGGUCUUUGGACCUAGGCGGGAACUUCCAGAGUUUGUGAAGGAGGAUCUCCGCAGGGUUUAUGGCACCUACCCAAGGACUGAUGUUUCCAUAACCUUCCAGAACAGGGAAUUCCUGGUGAAAGGAGACCCCAGAGUGGGAGAACAGGACUACACAGUCGAAAAGAGAGUCAUCCGAAGGGAUCCCACCCCAACAGCUAGCGAAGCUGACGAUGACAGCGAGGAACGAAACAGGAAGAAGAAAAAGAAAUCUAAACGUUGAUUGAGCCAGCUCCCUACAAAACUGGUGCUCCUUGUCCCCACGGCCAAAGAGUUGGCAGCUGAAUUCUGGUGCUUGGGAAGAAUACUGGGAACUAGCAUGGGCAUACAAUGCUGUCCACUCCCCUUAGGCAAGUUUUGAACUACUGCCAAAAAUGUAAUUUUAUUUAAUUCCUCUACCUACUUUCCCCACGCUCCAUUAUCACACGGACAUAGCUUAUACUCCCAGCUGACUGACACGUACUACACAUUCCUCCUACCCUCCCCAUGUGCACCUCAGUAUCGGUUGGUCUCUUGGAUAUUGGCUUUGAAUGAGAAUGUAUAGGCUUCCAUUUGGCUGACCAAAAUAUAGUCACAAUCUGCUUGCUAGACUGUGCCCCUUUAGAAGAGGAGUUGGUGAGCCUUUUUUAACUAGGGAAAGGAGCACCAUCCCACCUGUCACUAAUUUGGCCUCUUGUUGGCAGUCCUCUGCAGGGUGAAUAGCCAGGAAGACUGGACUCCCUCCAUCUCUGCCACCUUGCCACGCUUCUGAGGACAGUGUGGUUUAGUGUUCAAACAAGACACCUUCACGUGCAGCUGUCUUUUUGUACACCCCGUAAUUACUGCUUCAGACAGAAGAUUGUACCGUUCGUUGUUCGCUAUGGAAUUUUUGUGUCAAUUCUUCACUACAGGCUGGAAGAAGGUGAUGUAAAGAGAUCCCCUUGAACUCACUGGCGGGUCUGGUGAUCCCUCUUUCUGACUUCAUGUCCUCAUUCUGAGGACACGAACCUACUGUAUCUUCCUUCGCAGAAGAACCUAACUCAGAUCCAAGUCAGCCCAGCUAUUGCCAGGUGGGCACGGGAAAAGACACAACUGUGGAUGCCAGUUUAUGAGCGCCACUGACAUGCUUCAGAUCUCACAGCUGUUGUAUGUUCCACAGUGCUAGCCUUUUUCCCCUUGCCAGGUCUGAAGAGGGGAUCUACUGCUUGCAGGGCAGGCUGCA